AUGAGCAUUCACUCUCGAGUGUUUAAAUCCAGAGGAACCAAUGAUGCUCUAGAUCUUGCUUCAUCAAAGGCUGAAGAAGCAGAAUUAUUGUCGAGAGCAACAAAGGCUGCUGUUAUCGCUGCCAAAUCGAUUCUGUUGUCAGACGGAAGUGAGGAUAUGGCCAUCAGAACAGCGAAGGCAGCAGCGUUUUCCGUCUUUUGUCCAAACUUAUCUGAAACGGAAAUCAAUUCCAGGAAAGGUUCUUCAUACUUGAAAAGACGGCAGUUCAAAAAACAAGCUGAAGUAGUUGCUUCGGUCGCGCUCAUAACUGCCAAAGCAAAAGUAUCAUCCAUUGAAGUUGGAAAUGACGAGCGUGACCAAAAUUCAUCUUGUCAACUGAAUGCCAGUGAAACAGAAAGGGAAUCACCACUUGACCGUGUCUUGAAGAAGACAGCGGAUGGCCCCAACAAAAUGAGUGCUUCGUCUGUCGUAUCGGGAAAGACUGGUCAAACAGCUGCUACAACUGGCAUCAGCACCGCUGACGAGCAGUCCUCUACACAGUACGUAAGGAUUCGACAGAUGGAUGAACCCUCGGCAAUCACAAAUCCAACCAGGUUCGAAGAACUUUCAUUAUUCUCGGAUCCAAGCGAGAGCAAGCGGCCAACUUCCUCUUUUGUUCAAGAGACGCGAGAAAAAAUAAGACGUCGAAACAACACCAAUUCAGUUGUUGAGGUCGACGAGCACCCAAUGAAAUUGAACAUGGCACGAAAGCAAAAGCAGCAGCAAGAGCAAGGAGAAAAGUCAAAUGAGCCUGAAGAGACAAACUGGUUUGAAAACAUGACUAAUGCUGUGAAUAUUGCAUGGGCUAUAUUGACUUGUGGACAUGACUGUGGUGCUCCUUCCUCCUCCUCCCCUGUCGAAUUUUCCACAAGCACUAGAAACAAAGAUGAAGGCACACUGGCGACAAAAACUGGGAUGGAAAUUAAGUGCGUGGAAGACAAAGAUCUAAUAAGCACGGUCACGCCAUGCCCCGUGCAGAAGCCUCAAGGUGCUCAGUCUGGAAAAGCAGCAAGGGGGUCGGAAGCACCUGGGCAAUACAGGACAUUCCCCGAAUAUAGAGAUGAAGUAGAGGAUACCGACAGUCACCAUGCUGAUUCUCUAGUGGAAAGGUGGAGCCAGAGUGAGGAAAGUGAGCACUCCUCACUCGACGAAAGUGUCUCUCGCCUGAUGCACUCCUUCUCUUCAAAUGAAUCGGAUGAGAUUCAGAUACGGAGUGCAUUGCGUGAAACCAUGGAGCGAGUGGUUGAAAGAUCAAAACAUAGAAGGUCAAUACCGGUGGACAUUGACGGUGAACCAGGAGCUGUCACUUACGUCAUUGCCCACCAACAUGUCCCAGAACACAAGAAAUCUGAAUUCAGCGUUAGAACGAGAAAAAUGUUUGCUUUGGUUAAGAAGAAUGCGCGCAAGAGACUUUACGAAGGAUAA